ACGAGGCCGCGCAUGCGCGGGCGUCAGCAGCAGCUACAGUGAUGGUGGGCGACUGGAACCCAUGAGGAGCGAAGCCGGGGGAAGUGAGAGCGCGACGCACGGAGCGAGAGAGCAGGAGACAUGGCCGGGGUGUUCGACAUAGACCUGGACCCCGAGUACCAGCAGGAAGAAGCCGUCUCGGAUGAGGAGCUGGAAGGGGUGCAAUACAGUGACUGCAUGGAGCAUGGCGUUCCCUUCGAACUGGAUAUGGAGCACUGUGAAAAAUUUGAAAUCUCUGAAAAUAAUGUGAAUCGAGGCCCAGAAAAGAUCCGACCAGAAUGCUUUGAGCUUCUGCGUGUACUGGGCAAAGGUGGUUAUGGGAAGGUUUUCCAAGUAAGAAAAGUAUCAGGAGCUUAUACUGGAAAGAUAUUUGCCAUGAAAGUACUAAAGAAGGCAAUGAUUGUUCGUAAUGCAAAGGACACUGCCCAUACUAAAGCAGAGCGCAGUAUCUUGGAGGACGUGAAGCAUCCGUUCAUCGUGGACUUGAUGUAUGCUUUCCAGACUGGGGGCAAACUCUACCUCAUUCUGGAGUAUCUCAGUGGUGGAGAGCUCUUUAUGCAGCUGGAAAGGGAAGGAAUAUUUAUGGAAGACACUGCUUGUUUUUAUUUAGCGGAAAUCUCAAUGGCUUUGGGGCACUUGCAUCAGAAGGGUAUUAUCUACCGAGAUUUGAAGCCAGAAAACAUCAUGCUCAAUCAUCAAGGGCAUGUUAAACUGACGGAUUUUGGACUAUGUAAAGAAUCUAUUCAUGAUGGUGCAGUGACCCAUACUUUUUGUGGCACAAUUGAGUACAUGGCACCUGAAAUUUUGAUGAGAAGCGGACACAAUCGUGCUGUGGACUGGUGGAGUUUAGGAGCCCUAAUGUACGACAUGCUGACUGGAGCACCUCCAUUCACUGGGGAGAACCGGAAGAAGACAAUUGACAAGAUCCUGAAGUGUAAACUCAACCUGCCACCCUACCUCACACAGGAAGCCAGAGAUCUUCUUAAAAAGCUGCUAAAAAGGAAUGCUUCAUCACGCCUCGGGGCUGGCGUUGGGGAUGCAGCAGAUGUCCAGGCACAUCCUUUCUUCAGACACACAAACUGGGAGGAUCUUCUGGCUCGGAAAGUUGAACCACCUUUCAAGCCAUUUCUGCAAUCAGAUGAUGAUGUCAGUCAAUUUGAUUCAAAGUUCACACGACAGACACCUGUUGACAGCCCUGAUGACUCAACCCUCAGCGAAAGUGCCAAUCAAGUCUUCCUGGGAUUCACUUAUGUGGCUCCAUCAGUACUGGAAAGCGUUAAGGAAAAAUUCUCAUUCGAGCCAAAAAUCCGUUCACCUCGUAGAUUUAUUGGCAGCCCCAGGACUCCAGUCAGCCCAGUGAAGUUCUCAUCUGCUGAAUGCUGGGCCCGUGGAGCCAACAUGGAACCACCCAGAGAACGUGGAUCAUCAGACUACCCAAUGGAUGUCGGGAUGGAACAGAUGGACGUGACAGUUAGUGGAGAGGCAUCUGCUCCACUGCCAAUCCGACACCCCAUGGGCGUGAGCUCUGUGCCUUUCAAAAAGCAAACGUAUCCAGUGCCCCCAAAUAGACCAGCACAUCUGCGCAUGAACCUAUGACGACAGGUGAACAUGGAAGGAAGGAAAAAAAGAUCAUCAAUGCAAGACUGCGCCUGUGUGAGCGCUAACCAAGUACAACUGUGAGAGUAUUUUUGGGAGGGUACCAAGCCUCCCCAUCUUCCUCUCCCCAUCCCCCCCUCCCCCCUCUCCCCUCCCCUCCUCACCCUCCCCUCCCCAACCCCUUUUCAAAGACAACCAUGGAAAUCUUGGUUCAGGACAAUUACUCAAUUAAAACAUAUGCAUCACUGAUGGGAAAAAAAGGGAGAUUAAAAUAAUUGGCGGGUGAUGAGCAUCUUUGAGACGCAUGUACUGCAUCAGUGUAGGGGCAUUAAUGCCCCACGCAGCAUUUCACCUCUUGAGGUUCUGCACUAGACGUUAACAGAAAAAUCCUGUGACUCAUCAUCGUUAAUGGUAUUGAAGAAAUCUUUCUGCUUAGGUGCCUGAUGAACACAGUAUUACCAAAGGCAGAGUUGUUGCACGGCUUUGCCUGAACCUCUCAAUCAAACUGCCGCUUGUGUCCGGAGGGUGGGGCAGGGUGCAGAGAAUGCUGGGUGUGUCUGCAUCCACGAUAGGAAAGAUUGCACAUUGUCAUAAUGUUAUCAGAGCCCAAAGUCUCAGACACUCAAUCCUGUAUUGUAAUACAUUGGAGCCCGCAUAAAUACAGUUUAUGGAAAGAGAUCAUGGAUUAAAAAAAAUCUAUAUACUACGCUGUAAUGCGUACAAUGGUGAUACAAUUGUAUUAACUCUUUGAUGCAUACAAGUCUUAAAAGCUUAAAUUUGCUUUAUGUAGACUUAAUGUUUGAAGAGGUUUGAAGUUUACCACAUUAUCUGCCUUUUUGCCUACUGCAACUAUACUCUCUUAGAGCUGUCAAUAAUCACAGUACUGCAAUAGAUCUGUCUUGUUCUUUUUUUAAAGGGUAAUGCCAUUUCCCAAGAGUGUGUCACCAAAUAGGUGAUGAUGUGCAACCAGCACUUUAAAAUCUGGACCACCUGCAUUUCUGGCUCAUUAUGAAGCUCCAGUUUAAAUCAUUUCUUCUGUUUACAUCCUUUAAAUGUCACUGUUCUGCUUCUCUUUAGAAGUAUGUUAACAUGCUGGCGUCCAUGCCAUAUAUUUCUAGCAUAGUAGACGCCAAAACUGAUAUUCCUCCAAUCUGCUAGAUGUGGUAAGUAUAAGGAGGGGAUGGGAAAUGAAGGGUAUCUGUUUAGACUCAAACCAAAUCUUCCCUUCCUACAUUCAAGCACCCCCAAAGACUCUGAAAUUGAGUGUUGGCACCUCGCAUGGAUGAGCUGUGGUUCUGAACAGGAUGCUGCAUUAAGCCCUCUAAAAGACACAUUUUCCACAGCUAUAGUACUUGACUAAUAUUUGUUCUGAUUCUGUCAUGCAAUGUUCUAGACUUCCAGGUCUGAUUGUGUGAAGUGUAGUGUGUGCUGAAAUUUUUUUUUUACAAGCUGCUUUUUCUCUAUACCUGUCUCUGCUAUUGAAAUCAGUUGAGCCAUAGGAUACAAGCCAUAAAUGUCUUUAUGCACGGAAAGGCAGUCUGGCAUGCCAUAGGUCUUUUUAUGAGCACGAACCUGUAUGACAGCUUAAGUCCAAGCUUAAAAGCAGCUGUUAUGUAUAUAGACCUUCAAAGAGAGACAUGAAAAUGCAGUUCAGAAGCCAUUCAUUUCAGUGAUUUUUAUUCUCUUGUUAGAUUUAUAAAUAUUUAAUCCCAUUUCUUGUUCUUUGGGUCAAAGCACUGUGUUCUCAUUAAUUUAGGCUACUUGAAUUUUUUUUUUGCUAAAUCCAGGACUUGAUCAUUAUUUAAAGGACUCCUUGCCUUUCCCUAACCCAUUGCUUGAUUACGUCGGUAACGACAUUUGCUGUGGGUGGUGGACCUAUAAGUCACACUUGGAUGCUUUUCUCAAGUAGAAAAUCAUGGCAAAUGAAAUGACCCCUCUCUAUGUGAGCAGAGUACACCAGCCUGAGGCAUAAGAAAUGAUAGCAAGAGACAAUAAACUUGAAAGAAGGAAUGGCUUCUUCAAUGUGUUCAACCCAAAAUUUUAGAUUUAUUUAGAAGGUUAAUUGCUAACUCCACCUUUCUUUCCCCCACAAAAAUUCCAUUGUGUUUUAAAGGCACAGAUUCAAAUAAUGUCAAAUCAUAGCCUGUUCUAUUUUUCAACAAAAUCUUAGAUGAGAAUUCUACUCUUGAUUUGGGAAAACAUGCAGUCACAUUUAGGCCUUGCAGCACAACAGGAGCACCAUUUUUAAUCCUCAGCAUUGUAGAAGUGGAGAGAUUUAUGUUCUGACACUGGACUUGUGCUGAUCCACCUAUAUAGAUAAUGGUCAUAAUUUACAGCAAAAAAAGCUCGAGCUUCAGUACUAGACAUUCAAACUUGUUGACCUAUAUACGUUUAAUUUUGUGAGGCUGAGUGCGUCACCCAAUCAAUCUCACAUCCUGAAACUGCCCACGUGACUCAAAAGGUGGUGCAUGCCAAGCUAGCAUACCCACUCAAUGAUGACCCUGGAGUUCAGCAUAUUUGUGAAAUCAUUCAUCAGCAAUGCGAAGUAUCGUCAUUACAUUUUCUGUUGGUUUCUCAUGUUUAUAUCUCACCAAAACUGCCUUCCUCGGGUGUUUGAAAAUGGCCUUGCUCCUAAUCUGUGCUGGUGACAAUAUGUCAAUUUGCCCUAAAAGUCCUUUCAAAGUUUAUUAUUUUGGAUGUAAUUCAGUCUUAACUGCUCUAAAAAUUACUGCGGUCGCACUUGGUUAAUUUUUUGGGCUGAUUUGAAAUUUUCAGGUCUAGAAAUGUCUAAACUUGUCCUCUGGUGGGGCUGCUGUAUGAUCAGUUGGCAGGGAAUGCACUGAAAUGCAAGUGGCAUCCUCCCCUUUUGUCUUUGAUUUACACAUCACUUCUUGGUGACAUGGCUGAUAUUGGAAUUUUUCCAUUAAAAAGAGGAUCACGGUGUGAACUUGUGUCCCAUCACAGCAGCACAGAUGGCUACCAACAAGUUGUAUACCACUCUGAGAUUGAACACCUUGACUAUGUAAUGCACUUAAUGCAAUGUCAUGUGAGAGUUGGUUGGAGCAAUUUUAACAAGCUUCAUGUGUGAGAUGCUGUAAAAAUGUAAACUGCCAGAGUAACCAUAUUUGCCAGGAAACAUCCUCAAGGAAGAGGGCAGUUGUGCUCUUAACUCAAAAGCUCAGUUGAAGUCAUGGUUUAAAAAAAAUUUUUUUUUGAAGUUUUAAGCUUAACGUUUUAAGUUUACAAGGGCAUAACUACCUCUCGCCUUAGUUAUACAGUUUUUUUCGGUGACUUCAAAAAAACUUUUUUAGUAUUUUAGUGCUGAAAUCUGUAAAUUUCUAUUUAACUCUAAUCAAAAAAGGCUGAUACCCAGUGUGUACACCUCCCUUCAAAUCUAUUGUUAUUGAUAAUGAAGGAUCUAUUCUCUGUAAUCAGGUCUGUUGUUUCUGAGUAUGUCCAAUCCAUUAUUUGAUGAUGGAUUCUGAGAUUUUACAAAGAUUUCUGGAUUGCAUUCCAUGAUUCCAUUCAUUUUUACAUUAUAAUCAGAAAGUCAGAGGCCAUGAAUAAAUGCAGGUGCGUAGAUUUGAAUAUUCCCAAAUAACUUGUUUAUUUCUAUAUUUCAGAACAAAAAUCAAAUAAUGACCUGCAUUAUACUCAAGAAAUGAUGUCCGUUGAACCUAUAAAAGCAUCCAAAAAUGACAGUUUUAUAAAUGUCAACUUCUAAGUAAUUCUGAAACAGAUUUCUUUUGAGACAACUGGAAAUUGGGAUUCUUAGCUUAGGCUAUUGAAGGAGCACUAUGCCUUGGUUGACUUUGAGUCAUUAAUAUUGUAUCCAAAGUCCAAUCUAAUUCAUAAAAAAAUGUAUUCCUUGGCAGUGGAUCAUGCACUUGUUAGGAGCUAGGAAAUUGGCUGCAGGUGCCUUUGGCUGUCCUACAUUCUGCGGCCACUAGAGCUGCCAUGCUGGAUGUAAGAAGGCUGAGAGAACAGUGGCUGCAUGUUCCCUUUCACUUGUGUCUGGUAGUUGUGUUUCGUAGGCACUGCUUGAUGGAGUGGAGAUGUUAGUGGCUUACAGCUUUGAUCUACCAGAUUAGCAAAGAUGCAUUUACCCACUGGACUAUUUGGGGAAUGUGUGGGGGUGGGAGGGGGGAAAGACUUACUCUGUGGGUCAUGCAAGUUCACAUUUUAUCACACUUCAAACUGCUCCACAGCCACUGUAGCCUGACCACAGAAAAUAGCAAUUAAUUAAUGAAUCACUAUCAGUUCUGGAGUCAGUCUCUUUCCUUCAAUGAUUCUUUAUGUAGCAAUCUGCAAUCAUGUAAAGGCCAAUAUGUUUUCAAGAUUGUAAUUAUGGAGCACUAAAACACAGGUUGGAAUGAGUUUUGGUGUCUUUUAUUAAAUAAAAUCCAACACUUACAAAGAA